UUUAUAGGAAAAGUAUGCGCGGGGCCGCGGGGGCUGCCCUGAGUCACCGGCUCCGUGGCUCCCGCCCACACCCAGGGCCCCCGUCCGCCGCUACCGCCGGGCUGGGGCGGGGUUUGCGCUGCCCACCGGGGCUGUCUGGGACCGGUGCUGCCGCGCCGGGCCGCGUGUGCCGCUGCGUAGCCCCUCCGCCACGGUCCAGAGCCGGCCGGGAGAGCGUCGCCAUGACGGGCAGUAAUAUGUCUGAUGCUCUCGCAAAUGCAGUAUGUGAACGCUGCCAGGCUCGAUUUGAUCCUGCAGAGAAGAUUGUCAACAGCAAUGGGGAACUCUAUCAUGAAAACUGCUUUGUCUGUGCUCAGUGUUUCCGUCAGUUCCCAGAUGGACUAUUUUAUGAGUUUGAAGGUCGGAAGUACUGUGAACAUGACUUUCAGAUGCUGUUUGCUCCUUGCUGUGGGGAAUGUGGUGAGUUCAUUAUUGGGCGUGUUAUCAAGGCAAUGAACAACAAUUGGCACCCAGAAUGUUUCCGCUGUGAGCUCUGCGAUGUAGCACUUGCUGACCUGGGUUUUGUGAGGAAUGCUGGCAGGCAUCUGUGCAGGCCAUGCCAUAACCGUGAAAAAGCUAAGGGACUGGGCAAAUACAUCUGUCAGAAGUGCCACCUGAUAAUUGAGGAGCACCCUCUGAUGUUUCGGAAUGAUUCCUACCAUCCGGAUCACUUCAACUGCACCCACUGUGGGAAGGAGCUCACUGCUGAGGCCCGGGAGCUGAAGGGAGAACUGUACUGUCUGCCCUGCCAUGACAAGAUGGGAAUCCCCAUCUGUGGAGCCUGCCGCAGGCCCAUUGAGGGACGAGUGGUCAAUGCCCUGGGAAAGCAAUGGCAUGUUGAGCAUUUUGUUUGUGCCAAAUGUGAGAAGCCAUUCUUGGGUCACCGACACUAUGAGAAAAAAGGACUAGCUUAUUGUGAAACCCACUAUAACCAGCUCUUUGGAGAUGUCUGCUACAACUGCAGCCAUGUGAUAGAGGGAGAUGUGGUAUCAGCUCUUAACAAGGCCUGGUGUGUGAACUGCUUCUCCUGCUCCACCUGCAACAUCAAGCUUACACUGAAGAAUAAGUUUGUGGAGUUUGACAUGAAGCCUGUAUGCAAGAAGUGCUAUGAAAAAUUCCCUCUGGAACUGAAGAAACGCCUGAAGAAAUUGUCAGAGCUGACAUCCAAGAAGACACAACCGAAAGCUCUGGAUUUAAACUCUGCUUAAACAGGUCUGUCGGUCUACUGACUGCACUCUUACAGUCAUAAGCUGCUGUGAGCAGCAGCUGUUGAUUACAGAGGCAAUUACUAACAAGUGAAACCAAAGAUAAGUAGUACCUUCCCCUUCUUCUGCUAAUGUAGCUUUCAUCUUGACUAUCCCUUUUCUCAAGCAGUUAUCUGUUAACACUGGCAGAAAGAGAAAUAUGAUUUCUGCUUGAGCAGUUUACAGGCUGGUUAUUAAUUUUCUAAUAACAAAUAAUUCAGCCUUGUGAAUUGUACACAGUCUUUCUUCCUCAGCUGAAAUGUAGCUCUCUCUCCAGUCCUCCAUAGUCUAAGGAAUUUGGAAGCAGCAGUUAAGUGUAGGGAUGGAAGAAAUGUAUGAUUUGCUGUUUUUCAGUUGAAGUAUAAACAUUUCUAACCGUGGGUUAAGAUAUUUAACAUGUAGACAAAUAUUCUGAAAGCUGUCACUCUUUGCUACAUGCAAAAUGUACUGACCUUUCUCCAGAUUCCUACUGAGCAUAUAUGGAUGCUCUGCAGUCCUUCUGGUUUGCAGGUUUACUGGGAAAGCCCAGGAACCAAUAGUUAUGGCAUCUAUGCUGCUCAGUUGUCUAACUUAGGUCCAGUAUUAGGGCAGCUGAAGAAGUUUGCUUUGCUGCUUCCCUGCUCUGUUCUAAGGAGGUAAUUGUCAAGGCCUUACCACCCUCUCCAAGAUAGUUGGGCUCUCCUUAAUGAGGAGGUUGCUACAGCAAAAGAAAGAUUUUGUUAGAAACUGACACUGUAAAGUUUCUCCAUUUGGUCUCUAUUACUAUAUGAAAGCUUCUAAUGGUCAACACUAUCCACUGUCCUGUCCACUGGCACAGCUGACAUUUCUUAAGGCAGUGUGGCUGGAGCCUUGGUUAUUUGUUUGCAUGAUGAAAUCAAAUUGUUAAUAUGGUGCAAGUUAAGCAUUCCAAUUUCCCUGUCCUUCUCACUUAAUUUGAAAGAUGAGGGCACAAUUGUUGGUCAUGCUUCAGAGAGCCUAAUUACAUUAAGGGGUAUCUGAUAUUUAUGGCUUGUAGCAAAUGUGGUCUUGUGCAGGAAAAAAAAACCCUAGGACUUACUUCUCUUAAAAAGUUCACCCAAAUGAGAAUUUCCUAUCACCUUUCAUAUUAACACCUGAGUGUACUUAAAGAGAGGACCUCAGAUAUGAAUCUGUACGUCUUAACCUAUAGUUCUGCUGUGUAGUUUUGCCUAUCACUGGUGAAUUUUCACUGGUCCUGUCUCUGCUAUAAAACUUGGGAAAUUUACUGGGUUUGAACAUCCUUGAUAUUUUUUCAGGGGUGAGCCAUCAGCAGUGCUGUUCCUGAGGUCACUUGGGUGUCUGUAAUCAUGGGGAGCUUCUGAGACCUCUGCAGGUGUCCUCCAUAGUUCCUUGUCCUGAACUAGGCUGAGCAGCCUGAAUAGUUGGAGUCUCUGCCUGCUCAUUUACAAGAUCAACAGGAUGAAAGGCACUAGAGGACUGCUGUCCCUUGCAUGAUUUAAAUCUUGCAAAAAGCGGCUAGUUUAGUAGGGCAAAUGAACAUAACAGUUGGGCCUUGCCACCACCCUGCAGUCCCAAGAGAAUUAGCUAUAAAGAAGUUAGAACGUCCUCACUUCUUGCAUGUGUGAGAAGCAACUAGAUUGGGGCAAUAAUCUACCUUAAAAUUGCCCUCACUGCCAUCACACUUUGCUCAAAAUAGAUCUAAACUAGGUAACAGCUAAAGCAUUGACAGCUGUUCACACAUUUGCUGUAGCUACUACCCAUGAAAUAGCACUAGUGAUAUCACAGCAGUGGUGGGAAAUCUUUGUUAACUCUGUGCAGGCAAGAAUCCUGCAUGUGGGACCAUCUCUUAGAUACUUAAUGGCUUUGCUAAUUCAGAUUCCUUCAGCUGCUUUGCUUUUUGGUGCCAUAAGCCACCAUAAACUUUUAACUGGGAUAUACUGUAUCUGCUAUAACACUGAUGAGGGGACAGGCCUAAUCCUAACAGUAGAACUCUUUCAAUCCUCUUCUGAACAAUAUGCGCUGUAGCUUACAGUAAUAGUAGCUGCUUUUGUCACUGCUUUAGGAGACCAUGUGGCUAAUCACUUUUCUCUCACCAGCCUAUAAAUGGUCUGUAGUUAAGUGCACAAAGAGCAGCAUGUCUUUUGGUGUGGUAGUAUGUGGCCAGUGCAAAGAAUCUAGGUGCAGUUCAGUAUCCUAUGCAGAGUCUUCUCAGCAUGAAGCAUUCAGGUCUGUUCCUAUCUUUAGUCACAGGGCAUAUCUAACGCUAAAGCUGAGCAGAUGUGUAUCUUCAGCCUCCUGGGAAGGUGUGGAUGAAUACACAGCCAAAUAGCUACUGGUAAAUAUGGAAAGACAUGUAACUAGCAGGCAACAGGUAGUAUUCUUUCAGUGGCCACUCUUGAGUUCAGCAAUGGAAAAUGCAUGUGUGUAGAGGUGAAUGGCAUUACUUUUGUACUGCAAGUAGCGAUAGAGUGUGUGCUCUCACUUUCUCUCAUAUUUGCAACUCAGACCUAAUAAGCUUCAGUGUCCAAAGUAUAGCUGAUACUGUCUUUGAUGAGCUGUUUGGUUAUCUAACAUUUGGAUUAAGUCCUUAUCUUUAGAGCAUUUCCCAAAUUACUGGGGGAAAAAAAUCAUGAUGCUCCCUGACCUCUGUAUUAGCGGAGGGUGAUGUUCUCUUAGUAUCUCUUAAAUUAGCAAUGUUUCACAAUUAUUUUUCUUAUACUUCUGCUCCCCAUAGCCUACAAUGUGCAGAGUUACGAGAGUGAGUAUUACUGACAUGCCUUUUGUGGAAUAGUGGAGUUGAAGGAGUAGGAAAAAUACCUGUAAAUAGUUUAAUAAAAGUACCUUCCCCUUCUUUAAGUCCACUUUUUAAAAACUAAGUAGAAUAUAGUGCAGACUUAAGACUUUUCCUUAAUGUGUUGCUAGGUUUGUUGGUUGUUAGUUUGUUGUUUGGUUGGUUUUGGGGUAUUUUAAAAGUCAAGGUCUUGGUCAGAAACAAGCUGCAUGCUUUUUUCCAUUGCUGUGAAUAGACGUGCUGGCCAAAUUAAUCCUAAGUAUCAUACCGCUGGAGAGUGUAGAUUUAUAUCAAGGUUGAACUUGACUCAGAAGUCUACACUUACCAAAAGCUGUUGUCUCAUUAUAUACAUCUAUAGUUUACAUUCAUAUUUAUACAUACUGAAUUAAAAUCACUAAUAUUCACUGAGUACACUUGAAAUGGUUUUGCUGUUAGAAACCACACUAUGUGAAGCUUGUUUGUAUUCAAAGGGUAUGUUAAUCAAAGUUUUUCUUUACAGCAAGCAAAUCUACUCUGUAGAGUUUGCAUCCUGGUGUUUAUUUUUACAGCAGUCUGUGCAAUGUAGGCAAAUACUGUUCAACCUUCUGUGCAGAGAGUUUCUAGAUGGUGUGUGUUUUGUAUUGUGAUGUGACUGACACCUUUUUAAAAGUGGUUGGAUGGUGAAGGAAUAGGUUGCAGGCAAACGUAAUAAAUGUGGUUGCACUAGUCUGUAAAGCACUGUUAAGUGCUGAGGAUGGUAUAGACCCAGUAAAAGAAUACUUGUCUUGGUUCAGGCCUUGAUGAGCAGUGUGGAUUCUGCACUGUGUGGAGCUCUCAUUUUGUUGCACAUUGCCUGUGCUAACCAAAACAUGUGAUUGUGGAUUCAAAUAUUGUAACACUGUCCCUUUUUUGUUUCUAUAAUAAAGUUAACUGUAAUACAUUUUAAAUCUUCACACAAAAAAAAGCAAAUGUAAAAAGUUGUGUAUUGCACAGUGAAAAACAAAUUACAUUUAGAAUGCUGAGCCAGAGAGCACUACACACCCUGAGGAAUGCUGGGGAUUGCCCAAAUUUGAUUCACUGGUGUGGUGAACUCACGUUUUGGAUCUCUGCUGCUUUUCCGGGGAUGUGUUGGUUGAUGGGGUAUUAGCUUUUAGAAGCAGUGCUGUAUAAAUCAUGUUGUAGAUGAGUAUGAUUCAUGUGCAUACAAAUCGUAUUGUAUGGCAAGUAGAUGAGAUGGUUUGAUUGUUUACAGGCUGUAGCGGAUAUUUGGUGGGUUUAGGUUACAUGAAUAUAGAGCAAAUACUCCAUUUCCUUGUUAAAAAAGACAUUGUGGUUGAUUUUCUGCAGUGUUUAUUUAAAAACCAGAAACAAUACAGUUUGGCUGCAAAUUUUCUUUUUGUACAGGUAAAGUAUUGAAUGCUUCUUACAUAGGAUGACAAAACAAAUCAUUAGUCUCAGACAUUUCCAUUGCCAGCAAUGGUCACUACAGCAGGAAUAUCUAAUUGCAUGCAAAACGAUCAACUAUUCUGACAAGUAUGGCACUCAUUUAUAUGCACAAAGAGAGUGGGGCUCUUCCCUGCCACCCAUGUACAAAAAUCCUAUGACUGUUUGAAUUUCACACAGACACAUCAGAGGGAACAAGAGAACCAUUGUGCAUACCUUGGCAAAUUAGAGAGUUCUAGCAGAGCUGCUGUUCCAGCCCUGCCAGGCUGUGUCUCAAGGAACUUGGUGUAAAUGCUUUAAGACAUGUCCAUGUUUCACUGUGGGCAAGGAAGGGUCUUGUUGAGGAAGGAAUACUUGUUCUCUGAUGGGGUGUCUAAGCUUAGAACCACUACAGCGUGUAUGUAUAUCCUUUACAUACUCUGAGCAUGCUAUGGUUCCUAAAGGGCCAAAGUUGUGUGUUUUCAAAGGUCUGAGAUAUGAACAAGUUUUACUACUCAAAGUGCCUGCUACAGGAAAUAGAAAAGAUCAGGAGAAAUUAAAGCUAUUAAUUCUUGUCUCAUGAAGGAAUGUCUGC